AUGCGGGAGAUCACCACCGUGGAGCCCAAGGACCAGCAACUCAUGGUAGCUCUUCGAAUCCGUCCACUCAAUGAUGCAGAGCUGGAAGAAGGGGCCACCCCCAUCGCCCACAAAGUGGGGGACCAGAUGGUGGUGCUGAUGGACCCUGGUGAAGACCCUGAGGACACGCUGCGCACCCACCGAUCCCGGGAGAAGACCUUCAUAUUUGACACGGUUUUCGACCAGCAUGCUUCCCAGGAGGAUGUGUAUUGCGCCACCACCCAGCACCUGGUGGAGGGAGUCAUUUCCGGAUACAACGCAACAGUGUUUGCCUACGGUCCCUCAGGCGCUGGGAAGACUUACACCAUGCUCGGCAUGGAUGCGGAGCCAGGCAUCUACCUGCAGACCCUCAGGGACCUCUUCCAGGCCAUUGAGGAGACGAGUGACAACAUGGACUACAGUGUGUCCAUGUCUUACCUCGAGAUUUAUAAUGAAGUAAUCCGCGACCUCUUGAACCCUUCCUCGGGAUUCCUGGAUCUGAGAGAAGACUCUCGUGGCAGCAUCCAGAUCGCAGGCAUCACGGAGGUCUCCACUUCAAAUGCCCAGGAGAUUAUGGAGUUGCUCACCAAAGGCAACCGGCAGCGCACUCAGGAGCCCACAGCCACCAACCGGACCUCAUCACGUUCCCACGCUGUGCUGCAGGUCACCGUGCGCCAGUGGAGCCGUGGCUCGGAGCUGGCGGAGGCCGUGCGCAUUGGGCGGCUCUUCAUGGUGGACCUUGCCGGCUCAGAGCGAGCCUCCCAGAUAGACCAUGCACAAGAGGAGACCUUCUGUGUCCAUGCCUGGGGCAGGAGGCCUGACUGGGAGCGUGAGAAGCCCCACCAUGCCCACAGGGAGCAGCCAGAGCUCAAUAGGGACGAGGAACCACUGGAGACUAACAUGGAGGGUGAUGAUGGCGAGUCUGCGGAGCCACACGAGGUGGCCCUGGCCAGAGAGGAGAUAAACAUGCUUCUCGCGGAGCAGCGGAGAACAGCCGCCCUCAAGGCGGGGCUGGAGCAGCGGCUGGCCAACACCAAGAAGAAGGCCUCACAGAUGGAGAAGCUGCUGCCUGAGCAGGUCAUCAGUGAGGACCAGCGGGAGGUGCUACGGCUGCUGUGCCAUGCCCACGAGCUGGAGGUGGAAAACACUGAGCUGCAGGCCAACAACCUGUACCGCAAGAACCUGCUGUGCCAGAAGGACUUUGUGAUCCAGCGCUACCACCAGCACCGACUGCUCUGUGAGCAGAUAAUUCAGGGCCAGCGGCAGCUCAUCCAGGAUGGUGGGCUCCCAGUGCCAGACUCUCUAGAUAAGCAAUACCGCCUGUACUCACAGGAGCUGGGUGAGGGCACACUCAACCGCCUGCUGCUGCUGCACUCGCUGAUGGCCGGAGCCCUCCGUGAUGGCUCUGUGCUGAAUAUAUCUCCUCCACCCGAGGAUUCCAGCCGAGAUCAGCCUGACGACAGGAAGGACCUCCCAUGGGGAGCUCCAUUUGAGCUGCCUCCGAUGCUGCUGGAGACAGAAAGCGACGGCCACAGGUCCUCAAAAGCCACACCCUCGAAGAAACUGGGGAAGCAGGACUCUCUCCUCCCGCCAUCGUCCUUGCGCAUCCUGCUGACCCCACCAAUCCAUGAGAAACCGAGCUCGUUGAGGGUCAAGGAUCUGGUCUCUAAACUGCGUUUGCCAGCUGGCCUGGACCCAAGUGCUCCACGGACAGCAGCUGAGGCUGGGGGCCCAACCCUGAGCCCCCAGGCCCUGAAGGAGAUAGCUGUGAGCACCAAGAGCAUCGCCCUCAUUGCAGCCACCAGGCGCUCAAAGGCGCAGGACCGGGAGGGCAGCUGCAGCCACUCACCACGCCACGUCCCAGAGGAGGGAGCCCACGACUUCAGCAAUCGGAAGCCCAGCGCCACCCCAGAGCCUGGCCCAGUGGGAGACAGGAGGCGGUCCCAUGCCAGCCCCUGCCGGGACAGCCCCAUGGAAAGGAAGGCUCAGAAGAAGCGGUCACCCUCCCUCACCUGGGGCACGCAACCGGCAAUAGAGAAACUUCCGCCCUCCUCUGGGGAGCAUCUGGCCGAGAGUCAGCCUCCCUCCACACUCCUCACUCAGCCAUCCAAGUCUGGAAGUUGCUUUUUCCCAGCCGUCCCUGCAGCCACCAAGAUCAAACCCAGUCUCAGCCUCCACACAGAUGAGAGCACGCUCCAUGUGCCUGAGGUCAGCUUCACCUUCCCCAGCGCCAUGUGGCAGGGCAACACAGCCCCGAGCAGGGCACCUCUUCUCCCCCGGGAUAUCCGAGGUGCUCAGGGCAUCCUUCAUGGGAAGAAGGGGAAGGGACAGCAAUGCUUGUGUCACCUCAACGUCUUCUCCUCACCUAGCGCACCCUCACUGCUGGGGACGAGUCUGGGCAAUGGCAGCAGGUCCAUAGACAGUGGAGGUCGGCGACACAGCCCACUGCCCCCCAGUAACCCCCGAAAACACCAGGGAAGCAGCGCCAAGAGGCCACGGAGACCGAAUGAUCCUUACGCCUAUAACAGGAAAUCAGCCAAUGCUGGUGAACGCGCUGGUAGACAGCAGGCACUCAGUCCCUGCGGUUCGCUGGAUCCUGGGCAUUCAGACAGUGCCUUGGACUUCGCCACGCCCUCGUUGAUACGCUAG